AUGAGCUCCAUGACCGAAAGGGGUGGUGAUGAUGCAGUUCGCGACGACGCGAUUGAUCUCCAUGAUGAAGAGGAAGACCUACGUAUCGCUGCCGCAAAUGGACGCACCAAUGGAGUCGAAAGCCAGAGCGAAUUCGAUGAAUUUGUCGCACCGGAUGACCCGAUUUCGAUAACUAUAAGCAAAGAUGACGCCGACGGCUCGUCAGAACACCAUGACGGGACAGCUGAUUCUCCUAAAAGCACUGGCCCCAACUCUAGAAGCAUUGACGACAGAGACUCGAUCCCAGACGACACUCCGUCUGUCCAAGGUUCAAUCCAGUCGUCACCGGGAAGCGCGCUGGGUCGCCGGUCACCCUUCGCCGUAAGCAAUAGCCCUCACCGUCCCUUCGAUCGCCGAUUCCAAACCCGCCUCUCUAUCCCAGGCUCACCUCGACCACUAUCGCCCUCAUUUAUCCAACAGCAUUCGCGCCACUCUUCGCUAGCAAGCCAGCUACGAGCGGAUACCCCGGAUCUGCCAGAGGAGCCGUCUGCCGCGCCCUGGGAUGUUGUACGUUGGACGAAGCUUAGAAAGAUAGCGGGCCAGGUUCUCUCAGAAGCUGGCAAGCGGAAUUUUGGCCGUCUAACAUGUAUAGCGGUGUCUACAAACAUUGUUCUUGGAACGACUAAAGGAGUCAUACUGGUAUUCGAUUAUCAACAGGAUCUUAGAGCUGUUAUUGGACAUGGGUCCAAAGCAAUUACAUCUGGAGCUGUCACCUCACUAGCUAUCUCGGCCGAUAAUACCACCGUGGCUGGAGGCCAUGCUGACGGUGCAAUUUUUACGUGGGAAAUAUCAAAGGUGUCUAAACCGUUCCUACAUAUCCCUCCCAUAGCUUCUGGUCAGCAAGAUUUUAAACGGGGCGAUGGUCAUAUCGCUGGUGUGGCUGUGAUUCAUGUCGGAUUUCUGGGAACAAGACGUACUGCUUUGGUCUCUGCCGAUGAUCACGGAAUGGCAUUUUCUCACUUAGCCACCCGUGGCAUGGGUGCUGCCACCCGUACAGUAAGAACGACUCGGAUUUUGGGCAGAUAUCCCGAAAGUACCCUCCCCGUUGGUCGUUCUAGAAAGCCCAGCACUGUCCUCGCGUUCUCCCCUUUACCCCUAGGAAAUGUGGAACAGGGAACAGACUCUCUAGGUCUGGUCGCGAUGCUCACUCCAUACCUUCUCGUAAUUGUAUCUACAACACCAGUCGCUCAAACACAGCAUAAGGCAGCACGGCCCAAGGAAGUUCCCGCUCAUAGCGCAAUGACGGCGACGUUAGCAUGGUUUCCCGCCAUUAAACUGAAAGCAAAAGAAACAGCGAUAUCCAAAACGAAGCUGGUAUACUGCUGGUCCAACGUGCUGACUAUCCUCGAAAUCUCUGAGAUUGGGUCUUCAGAGUCUACAGACAAGGACAAGCCUCCAGCUUUUGAAUUCAGACCGGUUGCUCGUUGGCGAGCUACCGAACCAAUUGUUGCCGUUCAAUGGAUAAGUCGGUCGGUGCUGGCAGUGCUAACAAUUACCCAACAAUUGCUUAUCUUAGAGGAUAAGUCGCUAAGAGUGACAGACUCAUUUGACUUGCUGCACAAACAUAUUUUCCACUCUGACCUCUUUUCAAAGCAGCUUCACAGCCUUGUUGAACGCUUGGAUGAAGAUGAUCAGACAAUGCAUGGGGUGACGGCCGAUGCGUUUUAUAUGAGUUUUCGUGCUUACAAGGGAAGGCUUUUCCUUCUAGGGUUUAAUGACAUAUCCGUUGGUACCUUGUCAAACUGGGCAGAUAGACUUCUCGCACUAAUGGAGCACGGUGAUUUUAUUGGGUCCAUUCGCCUUGCGACCUCGUUCUAUAUCGGCACGUCGGAGAAACUUACUGUUGGCCUGCCGGAAGAAGACGAGCUUAGACAUGAGGUUGUGCAAGAAAAACUUCUGGAAAUGAUGGCCGCUUCGCUGAAGUAUGCGUUUGGAAAGAAUGAAGGGGCCGUCACGGAACGUCUUCAGCCUCCACAGCUCAAAGAACUCGCAGAAGUUUGCAUCAGUGCGUGUGACUUCAUGGGCGAGUAUGGGUUUUUAUUUGACGACGUAUAUCCAUGGUACGAGGAGCACGGAUUUGAAAGUGUAUUCUUGGACAUGCUGGAGCCAUAUAUUAUUAAGGGCACAAUUCGAGCACUACCACCAGACGUUGUCAAAUCUUUGAUUACCUAUUUUUCCACCAGUCAUACCACCAGUCGUCUGGAAGAAACAAUCUGUCUCCUUGAUACAAGCACGAUUGAUAUUGACCAGGUUACAAAUUUAUGUAAGCAUUAUAAUCUUUACGAUGCUUUCAUUUAUGUGUGGAAUCGCGCUAUUGGUGAUUACAUCUCUCCCUUAAAAGAAUUACUCAGUUUGGCUACCCAAAAUGCUAUAGUUGCUACUAAUGAAGACCCCAAUGGCGAAACAAAGGGUUACCGAAAUGCUCUGAAAAUGUUCCCAUAUUUGUCUUAUACCCUUACGAGUAGAAUUUAUCCGACGGGAGGCGAAUUGGAUGAGGCUGCAGCUUCAAAAGCGAAGGCGGAUAUCUACAGCUUUCUAUGCUUUGGAACUGACCCUACCUCUCCUGAAAGUCAUGGCGGUGACAGAGGUGAUCGUUCCUUCAAGUCGCUCCGAAUUAUGUUGGAGUUCGACACUCCAAGGUUUAUGAGCAUGCUAAAUGAGGCUUUCGAAGACGGAUUUUUGAAUGGUGCCAUUGAUGAAACGGAAAUGGGACAAUCACCCAGCAGCAGAACGAAUCGAGAUUUAAUAAUAAACCGUCAAUACUUGAUCAGCAUUCUUCUCGAGGUUUUGAUACCCUCUUCUGAGUUUACAACAGCCGACACAAUUUAUCUGGACAUGUUCAUUGCACGAAAUCUUCCGAAAUAUCCUCAGUAUAUAUUGCUUUCCGGCUCGAUUUUGCAUCAGUCACUUGUUAGACUGUGUAAUUACCCUAGUCCAGAUAUGCUGGAAGAUUGCCAGCUUAGUGCAGAAUAUUUGCUUUCAACUUACCGUCCUCCUGAUAUACUGGAGCUAAUACCCGUUUUCAAGGAGGCGAAAUUCUUUCGGAUCUUAAAGUCGACCUAUCGUGCCGAAAAACUGUAUCCUGAGCUAAUUCUCACCUACUUAGAUGACAGUGAGAACCAAGAGCAUGUGUUCAUUUGCAUUCGAGGCUGCCUGCGACAGACUUCUGCGCUAACGGCGAAACAACGCCGUGACGUAUACUCCGCCGUGAAAGAACACGCUGCUGCUCUGGCGCAUGUAGAUGUUAGUGAAGCGGCUCUGACCAAUCAAGCAGUAGCUGCUGACCUACAUGAAGUAUUUGUUGAGGCUCUUGAGCCGGACCCCAGCCUUCAGUACCAGUACCUUGAUGCCUUGAUCGGACCUGAAUGGAAAAAUAGCGGAGAGAAUUCUUCAACUACAAAAUUCAGCCAUUCUCUUAUUGAGCGUUAUAUCCAGCUCAUGUGCCAGUAUGAGCCUUCGAACGUCGCAGAAUUUGUCGACUCUACGAAAUCUGGGGAUCUUCAACUUGAAGCAGUACUUCCCACAAUUGAAAGCAGUGGAAUUAUUGAUGCAGUCGUGAUUCUUGUUGCAAAACAGGGGGAAGUUGGUGAUGCUAUGAAAAGAUUAACGGACCACCUUGUCACCCUUGAGACCGGCCUAUCAGGGGUUCUUCAACAUUCCGAUGAGAGCUCCAACUCCGUGACAUUAACACAAGCUGUGGUUGAUCUUGUUCAGUCGCUUGAAAAGUAUGUACGGGUGGGAAUUUGGCUUUGUAAACAAGAGACAAAAUCGGCGAAACAACCAUACGGAGAGGUCAAUAUACAAAAAAGAGGAUCUAUAUUUGAAUUACCUCUUUCCACUGAUGAAAAUUUAUGGCUCUCGCUUAUCGAAGCUGUGAUGAGGAUCACACAAAACCUCUCUCCUCUAUUGCAAGGUGGGACUGCUUGCGAGGAUGUCCCUUUGGCAAGCUCCUGGCCCCAAUCUGCUGACGGAAAACCUCUGCAACUUUCAAUUUUUCUUCGAAUGCUAGUGCAACAGGUGUUUACGGCUCUACUGACUGCUACCACCAAAUCUGGGCGUCUACCUAAUAACAAAGCAGAUUUGUCUUUUCUACGCAUCCUUCGCGCGUUUCUCAAACGUGCUGCCUCUGCUUCCCCGUCAUUGUCGGAACUCCGAGCGGUGAUUGCGUCCAUAUUGUCAGCAUACAGCUACGAAGAGUCGCUACUCUCGCUUGCCAAUUCAAUGUUGGAUAAAGAUCUUUUCGUGCACAUUGAUGAAGUUACCAAGCUCCGGCAACGCGGGUGGAGGGCGCGAGGGCAAAUAUGUGAGCUUUGCCGACGCAGAACCUGGGGCCCUGGAUCGGGAGGGCACGUAUGGGAAGCAUGGGUAGCAAAGCAGGUCACUGGUGCGAAACAAAAGCAGGACAGGCAGGGCGAAGAGAACAAGGAUCACAGCGCGACGUCGCGAGGGAAAGGGAAGGCUCUGGCAUCUUCAUCUGAGGUGGUAGCUGAAGCUCCAGCUGGAUCCGGGUCUGGUGAGCAGGGCGAUGCGGGAGAACCAAAAAGCAACGGCGGCGUUGGAGAGGGAGCAUUGAUUGUUUUUGGCUGCCGGCAUCUCUACCACCGCUCUUGUCUGGCAGACGAGCUUGCGCGGCGACGACAGGUCGGCGCUCGGGGUCCAGCGACGGGGCAACGAGGUUUCCAAGGCAGCGAGGAGUUCUUGUGUGUGAUAUGUACCAUACAGACAUCGUAG